GACAACAGAUACAAGGGCUGACAUUGAGUUAAUUGCAUGUCUCGGGUUUGAUUCCUCACCCAUACGAUCUUCUCUCUGAUCCAGAACUCAGGCAGGGGGCCAACGUUUCGCAGCAGCAGCCGUCGAGGAAGAAAGAGCAGAAGAACUCAAUCAUCACCAUGUCCAUCGGGCUGGAGCUGAUCGGGAUCUCCCUGUGCAUUCUGGGAUGGAUUAUCGCCAUCGUCGCCUGUGCCCUGCCCAUGUGGCGGGUGACCGCCUUCAUUGGCAGCAACAUCGUGACAGCGCAGAUCAUCUGGGAGGGCCUCUGGAUGACCUGCGUGGUCCAGAGCACGGGCCAGAUGCAGUGCAAGGUCUACGACUCCAUGCUGGCCCUGUCCCAGGACCUCCAAGCCGCCCGCGCCCUCACUGUCAUCUCCAUCCUGCUGGCCAUACUGGCCGUGCUGGUCGCCAUCACCGGGGCCAAGUGCACCAACUGCAUCGAUGACGAGGUGGCCAAGGCCAAGGUUAUGAUUGUCUCCGGGGUCUUCUUCAUCGUCUCGGGGGUCAUGCAGCUCAUCCCCGUCUCCUGGUCAGCCAACACCAUCAUCCGGGACUUCUACAACCCCCUGCUGACUGACGCACAGAGGAGGGAGCUGGGAGCCGCGCUCUACAUUGGCUGGGCGGCCGCCGCCCUUCUGCUGCUGGGCGGCGGGCUCCUCUGCUGCUCCUGCCCACCGCGUGACAAGAGAUACAACCCGUCCAGAAUGGCCUACUCCGCCCCACGCUCCGCCGGGGGCCCGGGGUUCGAGAGGAAGGACUAUGUAUGAGCAAAAGAAGGUCAACCCAAAACUACGAAUCUUUUUUUUUUAAUUUUUAUCUCCAAACUGUGAUCGACACCAUUACUGAAGGUGUGCAGAAAGGGCUCGGCCCCACAGGAAGACUCCACAAUGAAGGACGUGUUAGAUUUUGCCUUUACUGUUUAGUAUGCCUGUACCCGAGAGACUAAAGAAGCACACAACCUCCAUUUGACAGGAGCUUUGCUUCUGAAGUGUUCUGGAAAAGACAAAAGUAAUCACGUUUUUACUUUGUGACUGUUUCUUUUUUGCUACCACUCACAUGCAUUAACUAUUUUAAAAGAUCAAGAUUGAAUGAUAACAUGCUUUUUGUGUACAAUCGUUACUUUUCCAGUGCUAACCAUGGAAAAAAUAUAGCUUUUAUUGAUACUGCCAUGUCCGCGAGUCAUACUUCAGCUUAUUUAUGAGACAUAGCUACGUAAAUGAUGAGAAUAAAGGAGGAGACAAAGAGAUUUGAGUGACAUCUUGACAAGAAACCUCCCCCGAAGAAGGGAGGCGUCCAUUCGAUUGAGCGUUCUUCUCUUGAUGUAUUUUUAGAUGAGUUUGAAGCUUUUUAGGCAACUUGAUUAGUUUAUUUUUUCAGCUCUGUGAGGACACUCAGGAUGUCAUUACUCACCGGGAACGGUACAGCAGAUAGGUUCUGUGUGUUUUCAAUACAAUGUGUAUUCAAUUCUUUCUCUGUGGUGCAGCGGGGUGGGGGGGUAUAUGUGUGUU